AAUCAUCCAAUCAGCGGAGAGGAUUUAUUACUUCCGGUUGUUUUUCAGACGACCUGAAAACACAUGUUUGUUAAUAGCUAGCGAUGGAGAUGAACUACAAAAAGCGAGCCUAAACGUAUCUGAGAAUGGUCUACAUCAGUAGAAGUUGUUUUCGGAAGUAUGGAAACUUCAUGGACAACCUCCGUUUGUAUGUACGCGGAGGCACCGGCGGGAUGGCUCUGCCCCGUCUGGGAGGACAUGGAGGAAACGGGGGAGACGUUUGGGUGGUGGCAACCAAAAACAUGACUUUAAAGAAGAUCAAGGAUAAAUAUCCGCUCAAACGCUUCCUAGGCGGACCAGGAGGCAACAGCAGUGUCCGAGCACUAAAGGGAGAGAGAGGGAAGGACGAGGAAAUCCUGGCACCUGUUGGUAUCACCGUCACCACUGAUAAUGGCAGAGCUAUUGGGGAACUGAAUGCUGAGGGGGACCGGGUGCUGGUGGCGAAAGGAGGAUCUGGAGGCACUCCUUACACUGGCUUUGAGCCCAAGAAAGGCCAGGCCAAACACAUCAGGCUGGACCUCAAACUCAUUGCCGAUCUGGGCCUUGUAGGGUUUCCAAAUGCAGGAAAGUCAUCCCUCCUCACAGCCUUAUCCAACGCCUCACCUGAGAUUGCCAGCUAUGCUUUCACAACUUUACGGCCUGAGAUAGGCAAGCUGAUGUACCAAGAUUACAAGCAAAUCUCACUUGCAGAUCUGCCGGGACUGAUCGAGGGGGCUCACAUGAACAGAGGCAUGGGCCAUAAGUUUCUGAAGCACGUAGAACGGACCAAACAGCUGCUGUUUGUGGUGGAUGUUAGUGGUUUCCAGCUGGCUAGUAAAACACCGUUCAGAUCCGCUUUCGAAGCUGUGCAGCUCCUUACCAAGGAGCUGGAGUUGUACAAGGAGGAGCUUGUGUCAAAGCCUGCAUUAUUAGCAGUUAAUAAGAUGGACCUGCCUGAUGCUGAGGACAAACUAGAAGAACUGAAAGAGCAGCUGCAAAACCCAGAGGAGUUCACUAAUUUGCUCCCAGAUGACAUGAUCCCCAAUCACUUCAUAACAUUCAGACACGUGAUCCCCGUUUCUGCCCUCACCGGGUUUGGCGUCGACCAUCUGAAGAGCUGCAUCCGACUCUCGCUGGAUGAGUGCGCCACCAGGGAAACCAGCGCCGAGCAUCAGGAGAAGCUUGAAGCAUUGAGGCACCAAUACCAGGAUGCGUUUGUGAGAAACGUGGACAAAAAUCUCCCUCUUUCAAAGGGAGUCGGCAGGACGCAGUGAGAGAUGUCUAUAGCACACCGUCCAGCAACAGCUUCAAUGGAGGGAAUAUUGCCUACAUGUCCAGAAUGCAGGCCUGUUUCUUCUUUCUGUUGCAAAGCGAUGCAAUAUACAUAUAAGAUUCACAAACAUUAAUAUCAUAUUAAUGUGUAAACUUUAAAGCUGCUUUGAUACUAAGUGUAUGACGGAUAACUUUGCAUUGAAAACAACUAUAAUUGAGGAUUAGUCAUGUUUGAUUGAUCCCAACUUAACAAACUUGUGUUUGAAUGAAAGUUUUAUUUUGUAUUAAAUAUAUUACAAUACUUAACGAUAAAGAGAAAAAAAUAAGUGGUCUGAUUUUUGCAUCAAUAGUCUGUACAGCACACAGGUAAAAAUAAUAAUAAAAAAAGAACUGCAGUGUUCCUGGAGUUGAGGGCAGACGGGUCUGGCCAGACAGGAGCACAACAAAGUACUUUGUCUGCUCGAGUACACAAAUACAUUCAAAGCUUCUGGCCAGAGAGGGAGUCCACAGCUCAUCUGGAGGGUUUGACACUGUGUCCUGUUUGGAUUGGUCAGUCCAGCUGUCUGUGCAGGCUGAAUCCACAGACAGGUGGGAAGGAGACCCUCCCUGCAGCCUGCAUGGUCCCGCCCCUCACAGACUGUGCUCCCAGGGCUGUGCAGUGCAAAGUCCAGGACGCCACAACAAAUGUUUUCAUCCAACACAGUGUUAUUGUGUUAAAACGUUACUCAGCAACUCUAAAGAGGAGGCUUGCCUCAGGAAAAAGGAGUGCAAAAAAAAAAUGAUACAACAAACCACUU